AGUUCUCUAUGCUCUUUUAUUUCUUUCAAAAUGACCAUUCAUAAUAUUUAUAUUUUCAAUAAAAAUGGAAAUCUAUUGUAUUAUAAUGAAUGGAACAGAAUAAAACAAACUGGAAUGACUAGAGAUGAGGAAGCUAAGCUUAUGUAUGGUAUGCUAUUCUCUAUAAAAUCGUUCGUGAAUAAAAUCUCUCCAACAGAUCCGAAAGAUGGGUUUUUGUACUACAAAACAUCCAAAUAUACCCUGCAUUAUUUUGAAACAUUGACCGGAUUGAAAUUUGUUUUGAAUACUGAUAAUCAUGCACAAUCAGUAAGAGAAUUGCUUCAACAAAUUUAUAAUCAGGUUUAUGUGGAAUAUGUAGUUAAGAACCCUCUAAUUGAUCUAGCACAACCAAUAGAGUCCGAAAUUUUCAAGGAAAAAUUGGAUACACUGAUUAAACUGUCACCAAUAUACUUUUCCAAGUCAAUUUGAAAUUUUUCUGAAUUAAUUAUUAUGUAUUAUUAGAUUUAUAAGAUUUAAAUAAGAAUAUAAGAGAAAAAUUGAAAUUGGGUUGGAGGUUUUCUUUAUUUUCAAGAAAUAGUCCUUCCUACAAUGAGAACUGUUGAAGGAGUUGAUUCAAUAUUUGUCUUUUAUAAAGAGAAAAAACUGAAAUUUAGUUUGUAAGUAUACAAUAUGCAACAAAAGGAAAAUAUAAAAUGGUAAUAUAAAAGUAAAGUCUUUCUUAUUCUUUAUUGAAUAAUAAUUCUCAA